AUGGUAGAAGAGUUCCGUCGAGAAUUGGAUGAAAUGUUCGGUAAAGACCGCGACCUGCCUCGUUCAGAGCGUCUCAAAAAGCGUGACCAUUUUGACGACAACGACGUUUGCAAGUAUUUUCUCGUUGCUUUUUGUCCUCAUGAGCUCUUCAUCAACACACGCAAUGAUAUCGGCAGAUGUAAAAAACGCCAUGACUCCUUUUUCAAGCAGCAAUAUCAAAACGACCCAAAUAGGCUGUAUUAUCAAAAAAAAUACGAGCAAGAAUUAUUAGGUAAUCCUCAACUUUAGCUUUACUAGAACAGCUUGUAGCUUCAGUCGAUGCUCGAAUUCGUAGAAGCUUGGCUAGAAUCGAAGCACCUCUCCCAGACGUAGAAAGCUCUAUGGAAAAUCAAGACAAAAAGAAUUCUCUCAACGCCUUGAUUGAUAGACGAAUGAGAGAGGCAGAACAGUUAGCUGAGGCUGGGAGGGUAAACGAAAGCGAACAAUUGAUCAAAGAAAUCGAGCAGCUGAAAGAGCAAAAAGACGAUCAAGAAGCCAUGAUUUGUGAAAUUUGUGGAGCAAUGCAGAGCGCGACUGAUACAGAGAGAAGACAAGUUUCUCAUUUAGAAGGGAAGCAGCACAAAGGGUUUGCUGCGAUUAGGAAGUGUAUUGAAGAACUGAGGGGACAUAAAGAUCUUUAUAGGCAUAUCGACUUAUCCAAGCCUCCACAAAAGCCAAAUCAAGAUAAAGAAAGGAAUGAAGAACGAAAGAAUAAAGACGAAAAUAGAUAUUACGAGAGAGAUAACUAUAAUAGGCAAAGAGCGCGGCAUAGAUCCAAAUCUAAGUAA